AUGGACGCCGACGUCGAAGCUUCCGCGCCUCCGCUCAAGUCGGAGAAGGACGCGGCCGAUACCCACGAUGCGUCCUUGUCGUCCUCUACCGACACCAUGGCGGCUGCCGACGACUCCUCGGCCACGGCGCACAAGCCCUGGCACAAGCGCGCCAUCGCGUACUUUACGGCCAACACGAUGGAAGCGUCUGCGCAGGGCCCGACGCCGCUGGAGAAGCGCACCGACCGCCGCGCGUACACGGGCUUCACGCUGUGGUUCACGCUCAACUGCAACAUCCUGCCCAUCACGUUUGGCAUGCUGGGCCCCGAGUUUGGCUGCUCGCUGCGGGACAGCGCCCUCGUGGCCCUCUUCUUCACGCUGCUGACGGCGCUGGCGCCCGCGUACUUUAGCUCGCUCGGCCCGCAGACGGGCAUGCGCCAGAUGAUGCAGGCGCGCUACUCGUUUGGGCGCUACCUUGUGAGCAUCCCCGUGCUGCUCAACAUGGCCACGCUGACGGGCUUCUGCGUCAUCAUGGUCGUCAUCGGCGGGCAGUGCCUGACGGCCGUCAGCGGCGGCAGCCUGAGCCCGUACGUGGGCAUCGUCGUCAUGUCCCUCGUGGCCCUGUUUGUCUCCUUCUGCGGCUACAAGGUGCUGCACCUCUACGAAAAGUACUCGUGGGCGCCGGCCCUGCUGGCCAUCGUCGUGGCCACGGGCUGCGGCGGCAAGCACCUCAAGGAGCAGACCGCGGUCGACGCGUCCCCCGCGGCCGCGGUUGUGUCCUUUGGCAUGGUCGUGGCGUCGUACAUGCUGCCCUGGGCCGCCAUCGCGUCUGACUUUUUCACCUACGUCGACCCCCGCGUCCGGCCGCGGACCAUUUUCUUGUCCUCGUACGCCGGCCUCGUGCUGUCCACCGUGCCGCUCAUGACCCUCGGCGCCGCCAUUGCCGGCGCCCUCGCCAACGUCCCGGCCUGGAACGACGGCUACGAGGCCAACAUGGUCGGCGGCGUCCUGGACGCGAUGCUGCAGCCGGCCGGCGGCUUCGGCCGGUUCAUGACCGUCCUGCUGGCCCUGUCGCUGAUUGGCAACACCUCGGCCACCUCGUACGCCAUCACCGUCAACUUCCCCAUGCUCGUGCCCGCCCUGGGCCGCGUCCCCCGCCACCUGUACGCCGUCUUCCUGGCCGCCGUCGUCAUCGGUGUCGGCAUCGGUGCCUCCAAGGACUUUUACGACAACCUCAACAACUUCAUCACGCUCAUUGGCUACUGGGCCGCCGCCUUUAUCGCGGCCUUUUUGGUCGAGCACCUGUGGUUCCGCCGCGGCGACUGCCGCAACUACAACCCGCAGGACUGGGACAGCGCCAGCCGCCUACCCCUGGGCAUCGCAGCCAUCGGUGCCGGUCUCUGCAGCGUUGCCCUCAUCGUGCCGAGCAUGUCGCAGGUCUGGUACGUCGGCCCCAUUGCCGAGACGACGGGCGACUUGGGCUUUGAGUUUGCCUUUGUCGUCACCGCCCUGCUCUACGGGCCUUUCCGCCUGCUCGAGAAGAAGCUGUCCGGGCGGUAG